AUGAUACAAAAGUUAUCUUUAAGUGAAAAAUUUGAAAUUAAAGCCUACUUCGAAAUGGGCACAAAACAAAAAGAAAUUGCAAAAAAGUUCUCGAUGAGUCAAUCAACUGUGUCUAAAUUCACAAAAAAAUUAAUAAAACCGGACAAAUUAAAAGAAAAGGAAAGUUGGCUGAUCUUUAUUGCUUUAUAA